AUGAUGUCCCUCGUCACGACGCGAAAGCGGAAGGACGUUGACGGCGCAAAGUCGAGUUCGAACGAGAAGAGCAAGGUCCGCCUUAUCGAGCACACCAACCAUGGCCUACUCGACGGCACCGGCGAUGGUCCCCUCAAACCGCAACGCGGUGUGCGAACUUUUAAAGAUAUACGUCGGAAAGGCGUCAAGAUCUUAUCCAUGUUCCGUACAAGAGGUUCUGCGCUCGAUGCCAACGCUGCAAUAGCGGCCUGCAAGACUUCCUCGGACGCAUCUGAUGGCACUCAACGUCCGGAACCUCCUCAGUCUCAAGACCUACAUACCACUCGAAGCCCUAGCGUACCUAACAUCUUCGACACCGCCCCCAAACUAACCUUACACCAUACCGGAUCCUCACUUACCCAGCUCACUAACGCUGCUGUCUUCGACGGUGAAUCUGAGCCUGUCACAGGCACAAGGCCAUUCGAGCAUCCAAUCGUACAUACGAGCCGAUCUACACCUAGCCUAUCCAAGCAGCUCACCCUCAAGCUCUCGAACGCGCUUCUGCACAAUCCUACGGUCAUCCAUCGACCGAAGCUGAGCUCCAGACCCACGGUCUUGACGAAAGAAGAGCGACUGGACAACCUGAGCGUGAAGACACCAUCACCAGAUCACAUGGAUGAUGUGCUCUCACUCCCAUCACAAUUCUCUAGCGGUCCAGAGAGCAGCAACGGACCAUUGAGUCAAUCCACCGCACCCACCUCUCUCGUCUCCUCUGGUGGGCCUGUGUCUGCGGAGACCACGCAUCGAGUACGCAACGAGUCCAUUCAAGCGGCCCAUAUAGGCUCUCACAUGGAGCAGCUAGGGGCAGACCACUGCGUUAUACACUGGCUGAACUUCCCUCGUCAAGAUGCACCAUGCCUGAUCAACCCAUCCGUUGCUACGGUUGAGAAGGCUGUUGCAGCCAAGAUCUUUUUCGAAGCCCACUUUAAUCAGCUACUUACCACAAAAGUCUCACCCAGGUCGAUGCGCCGCCGCCAACUGGAACGUGGAAUCUUCGCCAUGGCUUUACCCAAUGAGCAACGGCAGUACAAAAGGCAACGAUAG